CAAGAUCCUCGUGCUGGGAAUUCAAAUAACCGUCCAGCUCAGAAUACGCAGAACCAUUUGCCAAGCACAGGCCGUCGAGCGCUUAAACCGUCUCGUCUGCCGGCCGGAGACUCCAGCCGCUCUCAUCAAACUUCCGUCGAACCUGGACGCCAUCUUGCCUUGAUCUACCCCACGCCCCACGCCCCACCACGUACAACAUGACCACCAAACCUCAAUACACCGCUCUCCCCUCAACCCUCAGCGACGCCGACCUCGCGGACCUGCGCGACCACGCCGUCGACUGGGCCCUCGCGCACGGUCUGGUCAUCCGAGCUCCACCCACCUCCACCACUCCAACAUCAAACAUCCCGCUGACGACGCACGCCCCCUUUGCGCUGUUCCCGUCGCCGUUCCCGCGGAAGGCGUUUGAGUUUGCGGUGAAGAUACAGCCGCUUUUUAACCAGUUGGUGGAGAGUGUUGCGAGGGAUCGGGGUUUUUUGGAGGAGACUAUGGAGAGUCUCUCCAAGGUAGACGACUUCACGGGGCGGUUGUACGCCAUCUACAAGCACGUCAACUCCGAGGGCAUCCAACAAUCAAUCAGUCUAGGCCUCCAUCGAUCAGACUAUCUCCUUCACCUCUCCUCAGACUCGUCCCAGGAAGCUACCCCACAGCAAGUCGAGCUGAACACCAUCGCAUCGUCGUUUUCUAGCUUGUCACAUCUUACGCAUGAUUUGCACAAGUACCUGAUUGACCGGACAAGGACCCUCCUCGAUAAGGACCCAUCGUCGCGUUCCAUCACUUCAGAAGCGAUCCCGCCAAACGCGUCGCUAUACAGCAUAGCGCGGGGAAUCGGUAAAGCUGCUGAGCUGUACAACGUACCAAAUGCGAUAGCAGUCAUGAUAGUCCAGCCAGGGGAACGCAACGCGUUCGAUCAACGAUGGAUCGAGUACACUUUGUUCAACGAAUUCAAAGUCAAGCUGGUGCGUCUAUCCCUCGCGGAUGUAGCGAAACGAGCGAAGUUGGAGGGGGUGGAUCGCAGGCUUGUCAUUGAUGGCGAAGAAGUUGCGGUGGUCUACUUUCGCGCCGCGUACACGCCGGUCGAUUAUCCGUCUGAGAAGGAAUGGGAAGCCCGUCUCCUCAUCGAGCGAUCAAACGCCAUCAAAUGCCCCAACAUCGCUCACCACCUAGUCGGCACGAAGAAGGUGCAGCAGAUCCUCGCCAAGCCUGGGCUGCUCGAACGAUUCCUCAAAAGCCAAGAGGAAUGUGACCUCCUCCGAUCCAGCUUUACCAACCUGUACCCACUAGACGACACACAGGAAGGCAACGCGGCGGCCGCGAUGGCGCUUGAGACGCCGGAGCGGUUUGUGAUGAAGCCGCAGCGGGAAGGUGGUGGAAACAACCUGUACGGCCCCGACAUCCCUACCGCACUCCGCUCCAUGUCCCUCCACGAGCGCAACGCGUACAUCCUCAUGGACCUUAUCCAGCCGUCGCAUAUUGCCAGCGUGACUGUCCGCCAUGGCGAGAUCAUACGGGGGGAGCUGAUCAGUGAGUUGGGGAUUUACGGGGUUUGGAUUAGCGAUGGAGACAAAGUACAUGUGAACGAGCAGGGCGGGUACCUCCUCCGCACCAAAUUCGCGAACUCGAAUGAGGGCGGGGUUGCGGCGGGGUUUGCGGUGCUUGAUUCGCCGUUGCUUGUGGAUUGAAUGAAUGGCUCGGACUCUUCGGCCUGCCAGUUAGGGAUCUAUAUUGAUUAGAAGUAUCAAGGGGACAGGUGAUGUUACGCGCCCGGUGGCGGUAGGACUAGCUUCUAUGUAGGGAAAUAUCUAAUCUGCGAAUAGCAUUUUGCUCUCGCCCCUGUCGUCCGUCAGGGAGGACCGAUGGGGUAUUUAUGCGGUAGGAUACUGCAGGGCCGAUGCUUCUCAGCGGUUUAAUCCCUUGAUCUGUCUGCCGUGCGCAGCUACACAGGCGUAUGUACAAGAAGAGCAAAAUGUGAUAUGAUAUGAUGUGAUGUGCAUAAACCAAUCAAAAAAGAGGGGACACCCA